CGGCCUGUAUAGUGAGGGCGGAGAUAAGAUCCCCGAGUUCGUGCAAACGCCAUCUGGUUUAUGUCCCAACGUACCCACGACAGCUCGAACAAUUGCAGCUCCUUUCGUGCAUGAUGAAGUUCGCAAUAGUUCUGCUCGGCUUUGCGGUUUCAGCCCAAGCCUUCCUGGACCUAGACCCAACAAACGGACACUUCUGUCUCGCGUGCUGUGGUCCGAAAAGCCAUGGAUGCUGUAAUACCUGUGGACUGACCGAUCUCGAUCAAUUCCAUAUCCAAGAGCCGAUUAUUUCUAAGAGGAAGGUCAUGUCUACAAAGAGUUUUAUCGAUGAUCUAAACAACGGACUCAGCAAUCUGAUUCCGGAUUUCUCCGGACCCGACUCUGGAUGUUUUGAUUGCUGUGGACAACACCCCUGCUGUGGAGAUUGUGGUAUUGACCAAAGUAUCUUUAACCACCACUAUCCCGAUAUUCCCGAUAUCAGCAGUCUCCUCGGUCACCAUGGUAGCACACCAGAGCCACAGUCACCAGAAAAAGGAACCUACGGAACCGGAAGUGACGAUCUGACCGGGGGUCUCUCUCCGAUCUUCCACGGACCUAUCGACCCCAUGGACUUACAACCAGUACAUGCGUACUAUGAGAAUAAUGGCCAAUAAAUUAUUAUUAUGAUGAUAAUCGCUACUUAAAAUAUGUGACUAAAUGGUAUUGUUGAAUUGACCGACAAGUCAGCAGUAAUAAAAGCAUGUUAAGAAAUCAG